ACUGCAAUAUUAGUCUCCACACAUGACAAGGGGGGCGUGUACGCGUUGUGUAUUAGGGUAAUGGAUUGGACCAGUUACGUUUAUUACGUGGACUUUCGUUGAUUGUGACAGUCUUUAUGGAAUAUUAAGGAUGUCUUUGGAUUAUACACGAUAUACAUCCCUGGCGAGGAGAUAUAUAACACUGACAGGGUUGUUGAUACCCUUGUUAUCAGAUUAAAAUCUGAGAUACUAGUACACAUACGUGGGAGUGAUUUAAGGUCAUCCAGACCGGUUAGUCCUCAUCAUGGUGUUUGUGGAUAUCCAGCUUCUCAUCCAGACGUGUUUAUACUUCGCCACAACGAUCUGUGGAUUCGUGGUUUCCAUUUCUGUAGGAGUGACCACGAUAAAAUUUGAUGGAUCUUGUAUUUUAUACGGACACUUUGACUGGAAGAAUUCGACAUCAUUUGUGAUGACGUCAAGUGACGUAGUGAAUUGCCAGAUGCCUAUAUGGGUCAGUGUGUUUGGCUGUAUCUUCUACUGUGUCGGCCUCGGAAUCUACGGCUCCUACGCUCUCCACAAGUCUCGUGCCGACCCAUCCAUUGCUUCUCAGAUGUGGGUCAUGCCGUUCGUGUUGUCGAACUCGCUCCUAACAGCUCUCGUCCUCAUCACUUCCUGUCUCAUCAGUGUGGGAUUCUCAGAUUUUUGCAGCAAACUCACGUCGAAAGGGUUCAUCAAAAAAUGCGUUGAUGGACAGGACAAUGAAUGGACAAACAUCUUAACGAAAGGAAAGUUUAAUGUUGGACACUUCUACGACCGUCUAUCGGUGGCUGAGGCAGGGUCGUGGAUAUGCUUGCUCCUUUGUAUUUGCCAGGUGUUGCUUUGCAUUCUUCGUUUCAUCCGGAACAGAAAGCGGAGGGCCAGCGCUGCUGCAGAUUCCACAUCUCCUCAGCGAGAGCUCACGCCUGACCGCUACAUCUAAACUGUUAGACAAUGAAGGAAACAGUGAGACAUACCGACAAGAGAUAGACUAGAUAAAGUGAUUGCUGCAGAUUACCUCAAAUCUGUGGAAAAUCGUUUGAUAUCGUCUUGGAGAGUGUUCUUUUGAGAUUUUUGACUUUGCGGAUUUAUCAUGUGGUUAGAACAAAGAAACCGUUCAUUGAAAUAUAUAACAUGUAAUCAAUAUAUAUAUCAUGUAUCCUUAUAUCAAACAUUUUGUAUAUGUGUUCAAAUCAGCGAUGUUGAUGCUCGGUGUCAAAUAGCGUCGAUCCGUACUGUACACACAAGGUAAAAUAAUUAACUGGGUUGUGUAUGGUCUACCGACACACUUAACAACUGGAACUGAAGGAAGGAAUGGUAUUCUGGGUUUUGUAAGGUCUACCGACACACUUAACAACUGGAACUGAAGGAAGGAAUGGUAUUCUGAGUUUUGUAAGGUCUACCAACACACUUAACUGGAACUGAAGGAAGAAAUGGUAUUCUGGGUUUUGUAAGGCCUACCGACACACUUAACAACUGGAAAUGAAGGAAGGAAUGGCAUUCUGGGUUUUGUAAGGUCUACCGUCAAAAUAACCAACUGGAACUGAGGGAAGAAAUGAGUACACUGGGUAGUGCAUGAUUCAUAGACACCGUUCCCUGGUAGUGUUUCUUGAGUGCAUCUAAUGUUACUCCGCAAAAUGUAUAACAUACGAAACAAAAAAGUCAUAACUUCCUGCACCAUUCAGGUUUCGCCAUAGCUCUUCGAUUAUUAUCAGAAUAUAUCAUCAUAUAUGAAGCAAGCAUUUCGAUUGUAAUCAUUUAAAAAAAACAACGUUAGGUCAAUUUGUUGUCAAUUGCUCGUUCAUCAGUUUGCUAAUUUCAAGUUUCACGACUUGUUUUGGCAGAAGAAAAGAUACUUCUUUAAGCAUGUAAAUGCAGAUAACGUUAACGUCAUUUUUCUAACACAAUUGACGAUUUACUAAACAUUAUUAACAUAUAUAAUGAUCAUUUUAACCCAAGCUAUACUGAGUAUAGUACACGUGGAAUUUGUACUGAUAUUUUCAUUUGAUAUGCAAUUACAAACGUAUGGUCUAUCGGUUCCUGCGCUAAAUUACGUAAAUAUGAUAACACUGGUUGUUUUCCUUGAAAUCCUUGUAAUUGUUUAUAUCAUUUAAAGCCAUCAUGUAUCAUAAAUAAUGCUGAUUUUUUCAUGUAUUGUUUCUGUUUAAUUCAUAUGAAAUAGGCACUAGCAAGCAAAAUUGAAGUAAAAUGAUGGCAAUAUUAGGUAUUAGGUGUUACAUUGGCAUUGUGAAAAGGUGAUAACCUAAAACCCACAUAAUAUCCUUAAUCUUAUCUUAUAUCAAUGUAUUGUUUUAACUUUGUGAUAAUAAAGUAAUAUAUUAA